AUGAAAAAAUCACUGAAAAGCAAAGACAAAGUUCAAAUUUCGCGUCCAUCCACUACUCAAAAGGCAGCAUCUGAUCUUCACAAAUAUACAAUUUCAGUUCAGGCAGAUGAUAAUGAUGAUUUUACUCUAAUAGAUGAUUGUUGCCCUAUCUGUUGUUUUGGAUCAAAGAUCAAGAAACCGAAACAGCGCGGUACAUUAGUUCCACAUCAAGGUCACAAGCAAAUUUGCCUCAAAUGUCUUCAAAAAUCUAUUGAAGAUCAAAAAUUAAAUUAUCCAGACAACGUGAAAUGCCCACUUUGCGAUUACAUUUUCACAAAACAAGAGUUAAUGCAAAUGCAUCCAUCAUUUAUUAGUCAAUUGGAUGAGCAAGAAGACUCCUUACUCAGUGAAAACAUAUACAACUGCAAAUUCUGCGGAAACAAGUUCGAAUUUGUCAAAGGAAAUCCAGAAGAUGUCCAUGAUCUUCCAAAUCAGCACCUUACCGAUGAACAACGUAAAUGUUUUGCCGAAAAUUACAUUUGUUGCAACAAAUGCCAUAUUACUACAUGCCAUCAUUGUCAUGCUGUUCCUUUCCACAGUGGGGAAACCUGUGAAGAGCACGAAUGGUUUGUAAAUGGCUAUGUCUGCAGAAUUUGUGGAAAAGCAGCGAAUCCUAAAAAUGCUCCAAAUGGAAAGAUCCCUUUACUUGUUUGCGAUGAUCCUAAGUGUCAAGAGAUCUCCAGCAAAAUGUGCACUGAGAUACACCAAUGCGGUCAUGCAUGUGUUGGUCUUCUCAAUGAAAAAAUGCAUCCUUUAUGUCCAAUUUGUACUUUUGGUGGUUCCAUCUGUUUGCAUUGCCAAAAACCACUUAUUGGACAUCUCUGUCUUGUUCUCGAGUGUGGACAUACAAUCCACAGGGACUGCGCUCUCGAGAUGUUAAGAGAACAGAGCUCUGACGGCAUCUUGAAUCUUCCUUUGUGUCCUGCUCCUGGUUGUGCACAAUUUAUUUGGCAUCCUUCGAUAGAUGAAGAGGCGAAGAAGGAUAUAACGAGAUGGGUUAAUGUCAUGAAAGAGAUAAAUGAGAUUGCGAAUGCAAGAAUCAUAACAGAUGGCAUUCAAUUCCAUCCAGAUGUCAAAUCUAAAUUAAGUCCUUACGCAUUUGAAGGUGAAAACGCUUCAAUCAGCUGGGUAUUGAAGGAAAUGAGGUUUGCUGUAUGUAACAAACAUGAUAUACCUAUUUAUUUCCCUUGCGGAUGGAAAGUUGACGAAAUUAAGGAUAUUUCGGGUUUCUGUCCGAUGUGUAAGAACUAUUUGUUCCCUGUAUGUCCAACAUGCGGAUAUAAAUGGAUGCAGUUCAAAUGCAAUAGAUGUUGCAGCGUUGGCGUAAGAUUGAAAAUUGUUGACGAACAACCUUGCUGGUUCUGCAAUAUCUGUAAGGAAAUGCCUUCUAAUGACACUUGUGCUUGCAAAGGAAACUGCCAAUUCUACCCUCAUCCUAACACUUUGACUAUUUACUACGGAUACUGUAUGAAAUGCCAGAAAAUCAUCACAAAAGGCAAACACUAUAUUUAA